AACGAAAUCUCCUUCACAUUCUUACACUUGCUUCCUCUUUGAUUUGCCAGUUUUUCUUUUAUAAUUUUCCUUUUUUUGCCCUUUUCUUUUGAAUUUUCGGGGAGGCUGCAUUUCCACUGGAGCUGCAGAAAUCUUCCAAUCAAGUAUUAGAUCGAUCCAAGUUUUAGAUUCGUGAAAUUUUCUUCAAAUUAGAUAUAUAUAGGUAAAAGGAAAUGAAAUAGACCGGAUUUUUGUUUUGUCGGAUCUUAAUCUCGUAUCAUCAUCGUCUCAAGCUGCUCUUCUGUGGAAUUUUAGCGCCAAAUUUCCCCCUUGAAUCGUUUGAAUCAGAUACUCUCUGGAAGAAGUUGCGAUUUCGUCUUAGCGUCUCUUUGGAUAGGGUUAUUCUGUGUUAAAAUUUGUAAGGGAGAUGGAGAAGAAGAAAGCAGCGGUUCCACUAGUGUGCCAUGGCCAUUCGAGACCUGUUGUUGAUUUGUUCUACAGUCCAAUCACCCCUGAUGGUUUUUUCCUCAUCAGCGCCAGCAAAGAUUCUCAUCCAAUGUUGAGAAAUGGGGAAACUGGAGAUUGGAUUGGUACGUUUGAAGGGCAUAAAGGUGCUGUAUGGAGUUCUUGUCUGGAUAACAAUGCAUUACGUGCAGCAUCCGCAUCUGCAGAUUUCUCAGCGAAACUUUGGGAUGCUUUGACCGGGGAUGUGUUGCAUUCUUUUGAGCACAAGCAUAUUGUUCGAGCGUGCGCCUUUUCCGAGGAUACAAAAUUUCUAGUCACAGGAGGGUUUGAGAAAAUUCUUCGUGUGUUCGACUUGAAUCGCUUGGAUGCACCUCCUACAGAAAUUGAUAAAUCUCCUGGUUCCAUCAGAACACUGACAUGGCUUCACAGUGAUCAAACGAUACUAAGUUCUUGCACUGAUAUUGGUGGUGUGAGGUUAUGGGAUGUGAGGAGUGGCAAAAUUGUGCAAACAUUAGAAACCAAAUCUCCGGUCACCAGCGCUGAAGUGAGUCAAGAUGGACGGUAUAUAACAACCGCUGAUGGGUCGACUGUUAAAUUUUGGGAUGCGAAUCAUUUCGGACUAGUGAAGAGUUACAACAUGCCCUGCAAUAUCGAAUCUGCAUCGCUUGAUCCAAAAUCUGGUAACAAAUUUGUUGCUGGUGGAGAAGAUAUGUGGGUUCGAUUAUUUGAUUUCCACACCGGAGAAGAGAUUGGAUGCAACAAGGGACAUCACGGUCCGGUCCACUGCGUGAGGUUUGCACCAACAGGUGAAUCUUAUGCAUCAGGGUCUGAAGAUGGUACAAUCAGGAUCUGGGAGACAGGUCCAGUGAAUGCUGAAAAGGUUAUAGAAUCAAAGUCAGGGAGGCAGAGUGUGGACGAGGUUGCUCGUAAGAUUGAAGGCUUUGACAUUAACAAGGGAGGGGAAACUGCAGAGAAACCAUCUGAUGCCUGAGGCUAAAAAACAAAAGAAAAAGAAAUGUCUGCUUCUCUUUGUCUUCUCACUGUAUUUGAAUGUGUAUUUGUUUCUAGACUGAAUGAAUGAAUAUACGGGAAUUCAUAACAAGCUAAAUUUGGAUUCAAUGCAAGUUUGUGGAUGUAGCUGAU